AUGUCUUCAGAAAAUGGUGCUUUUUUUCGAGCUUCAUAUCCAAGUUCAAGACAAUCAUCUUUGCUUUUAUCACGUGGUCAAAAUUGGAAUGUAAAUUUUCCUUCUAGGGAGAGGAUUUGUGCCACUACCGCUUCUCAAAAUUUUGAGCAGAGGAAUCAUCCUUCCAUUGAAAUUCUUCCUGAUGAAUGCCUCUUUGAGGUAUUUAAACGUCUUCCCAGUGGCCAAGAGACAAGUGUCUGUGCUUGUGUUUCCAAGCGAUGGAUUAUGCUUUUAAGCAGCAUUCACAAAGAUGAUAUUGCAGAAUCUAAUGGUAUAGAAGGUGAGGGAUAUCUUGUCAGGUCCCUUUUUGGCAGGGAAGCCACAAAUGUCAGACUUGCUGCUAUUGCCAUUGGAACUGCAAAUCAUGGAGGCUUAGCAAAGUUAUCCAUUCAGGGAAACAAUCCUUGUCUUAGUGUGACUGAUGCUGGUCUUGUGGCUAUUGCUCGAGGUUGCCCUACUCUCAGCGAUCUUUCCUUGUGGAAUGUGUCUUUUGUUGGUGAUAAAGGCUUAUCUGAAAUAGCUCAUGGGUGCCAUCUAUUAGAGAAGCUUGAUUUUUUCCAAUGCCCAAUAAUUACUGACAAGUCUUUGUUGGACAUUGCGAAGAACUGUCUCGAUAUGACCUCUUUAACAAUAGAUUCUUGUUCAAACAUAAGGAAUGAGUCGCUUAAAGCUGUGGGUCAAUACUUUCCGAACCUGAAGAUUGUCUUAUUAAAGAAUUCUCUACUCAUUGGGGAUCAUGGAUUAGCAGUUCUAUUUUAUUUAGCUGGUAAAGUUUUAACAGAAGUAAGGCUCCAGGGCCUAUGCAUCAGGGAUCUGUCUCUAGGUAUACUUUUUAACUGUUGUACAAAACUAGAGACUCUUUCCUUGGUGAGCUGCAUUGGUGUGGAAGACUAUCCAUUAACUUUGGUGGAUUCUGGUCGUAACUCACUAGUAUCUUUGGCUAUUCACAAUUGUCCUAGAGUAAGCAAUACUACAAUUGAUGUAGUAGGUGGACUGUGUCGCAAACUGACUCAUAUAGAUCUGAGUGGGCUUCUUAGAAUUACUGACGAGGGGCUCAUCCCUCUUAUUCAAAAUUGUGCAGCUAAUUUGGUGGCGGUGAAUUUAAGCGGGUAUGUCAAUAUUACAGACAUAUCAGUUUCAACCAUAGUUAAGCUGAACGGGGGAUCUCUGAAGUCUCUGCUCGUAGAUGGUUGCAAACAUGUUAUUGAUGCAACAUUAGUAGAAAUUUUGAAGUCUUGCUGGAUGCUUAAUGUACUCGAUGUUUCCAAGAGUGGAUUCACCGAUUCAGGGAUUAAAACUUUGGCCAAUGCUACAGAACUUCACCUGCAUAUCCUCUCACUGUCUGGUUGCCCUUUUGUGUCAGAUAAUAGCUUACCCUUCUUGCUCUGUUUGGUUCAGAACCUUCAGGGCUUGAACAUACAACAUUGUCUCGGAAUAAGCUCUAGAACUGUUGAUGCACUUGUAGAGAUAAAUCCAAGUUGUGAUAUCCUUUCCUAA